AUGGGCUGGGGGAUAUCCCGGUUGAUUGGACUGAAGGCUGCUGUCUUGCUCACCGCAGCGUAUUUCGUUCAUGGACUGGGCAUGAAACUGCUCUCAUUGCCCCUCAUAUACACCUGCCUGAUUGCCGUGCUUAUCUCCAUUGCUUCCCAUCCGUCGGUCGACCUCCCGUUGCUCCUCGGCAAGGCAUCCAAUGGAAGCUUUCCCCUGUGGUCAUGGGUCAUGUUCUCGCCCUUUCUCUUUUUCAUCCAUCUGUUUGUGCUGUUGCGGAGAUUUGUGAAAAAUGAGCCCUUGUACACCGAGAUAGCAGACGGAGUGUAUGUUGGAGGCUGGCCUUCUUCAGUUGAACGCCUGCCACCUGGUGAACCCGCAGUCAUUGAUUGCACCUGCGAGCUGCCAAGAAGCUCAACUAUAUCUGAGAAUUCAUAUUUGUGUGUCGCUACAUGGGAUACAAGGGCGCCUCAGCCACCACAGAUUGAGUCAGCUGUGCGGUGGGCCGUGAGAAAGCGGUCACAGAACAAACCUGUGUAUGUCCACUGUGCCUAUGGCCAUGGCAGAAGUGUCUGCGUGAUGUGUGCACUUCUAGUUGCGCUGGGAUUAGCUGACGAUUGGAAAGCUGCUGAGCAAAUGAUCCGCGAGAAGCGACCUUCUAUCAGCAUGAACACUCUUCAUCGCAAAAGCUUAGAGGAAUGGUCAAAACACUUGCUUUCUCCCUCAAAAGGAAGUGGGGAAUCCGAUGUGAGUUCUGUGAUUCUUUCGGACUACACCCGGAAAAAGCAUUGA